CUUUGAUUUUGCUCGUUAUAAAAGUCAAGAAUUUUUAUUCACCAGCCCAUCGCGAUAUGCGUGCAAGAAUUAGCAAAACAGGAAGGCAAAAAAAAUCUGGUUGCGAUUAAAUUCUGAAAACCGAUAACUUGUAACAAUUCAAUUAUCCAAAAUUUCGUUUUUUCUCCAUUGAGAAGCACAUAAAAAGAAAAAAAACAAGCGAUUGGAUUUCUAGAUAGCAAUGUAUAAAAAAACAAAACAAAACAAAAAAUAAUUGAAAAAUAUGGUGUUUUUUUUUUUUUUGUUGGCCUUUCUAUAAGAAAAAUCAAAGGUGAGCUGUGGGAUCGCCCCACAAACAGCAUCAAACCACAUCUUUAAAAUCACAGUAAUAAAUAACUAAUUUACAUAUAAUAACUUCCCCACGUGUCAUUGUCUCCUGUCUUCUUUACUUCUGUCUUGGUCCCCCGUGUUUCUCUUUUGUUCAAACUCAGUACUUCUCUCUAGUUCAGCUCAGCCAAUCACUACUAUUAACAAAACCCAGAAAAGCCAUGUGCUUCCAUUCCUUUUUCCUCUUCUUUUUCUUUUUGCUCUCUCUCUUCUCCAUUCCUUCUCCAGCUCGUGCCAUUUCGUUUGUAGCACCUAUUGACAAAGACAAUUCUACCCUCCUCUACUCCCUCACUAUCUACCUUAAAACCCCACUCCAACCCACGCGCCUUCACCUUGACCUCGGCGCAUCUUUCACUUGGGUGGACUGCGACACCGACUACAAUUCCUCCACCUACCAACACAUUCCCUGCGCUUCCCCUCUCUGCAGUUCCCUCGGUCAUAACCUCUCUUGCUCCAACUGUUUCAAACCUCCCAGCCCCUCCUGCGCCAACGACUCCUGCUCCCUCUUCCCCGAAAACUCCGUUACCCGAAAAACCGCCAUCUCAACCGCCUUAACUGAUUCCCUCGCAUUGCCCACCUCGGAUGGGUCAACUCAAGGUCCACCAAUUCUUCUUCCAACUUACAUUUUCUCUUGUUCUCCGCCGUCACUCCUUGAGGGUCUAGCUAACAACGUGACUGGGUUGGCAGCGCUCGGUAGGUCGAAUUAUUCGCUUCCAGCGCAAGUUAGCAACAGCUUCUCUGUUUCUCGUUCUUUUGCGCUGUGUCUCCCUGGGUCCACGUCGGAUCCUGGCGUGGCUCUCAUUGGAUCCGUUGGGCCUUACUAUUUUUCCUCUCAAAAGAUCGACGUCUCCAAAUCACUCGUUUACACUCCCCUCAUUUUGAAUCCCGUUGGGAGCACCGUUAUAACUUACGCAGGCGAACCUUCCGAUGAGUAUUACAUCAAUGUGACUUCAAUCAACGUCAAUGGGAAACCCAUUCAGAUCAAUUCCUCAUCAUUAACCGUCGAUGAGAACGGAUUCGGCGGGACAAAACUAAGCACGGCUACACCCUAUACUGUUUUGGAGACUUCUAUUUACAAUGCUCUAACCGACGCGUUCGAGAACGAAUCAUCUGCGUUGAACCUCACGGUAACCAAUGCUGUGAAACCAUUCAGCGUGUGUUAUUCCGCGGCUGAUAUAAUCAUAACGCGUGUGGGACCGGGCGUGCCGACAGUUGAUAUGGUAAUGCAAAACGAUGAUGUGUUUUGGAGGGUGUUUGGGUCGAAUUCAAUGGUGAGGAUUGCGGGAGAAGGUGGGGAUGUUUGGUGCUUAGGAUUCGUGGAUGGUGGGGUCAACCCGAGAACAGCGGUGGUGAUUGGCGGACAUCAGAUGGAGGAUAAUUUGCUACAGUUUGAUCUCGACUCCAACAGAUUAGGCUUCACUUCCUCCGUUUUGUUAAAGGGUACCACGUGUUCCAAUUUCAACUUUCCUUGAAAAGCAUAAUUCGCAUGCGUUUUUUUUUUUCUUUUUAUCUUUUGCCAAGCAUGUGAUUUUU